AUGGCAUCCAAUUUUCAGAUAAAGCGCAACAAUCCUUUUGCUAGGUCAGGGACUUUAUCCCCGGAACCAGGUGUUCCCAAAGGCAGGCCGAAAAGUGCAAUAUUUGCGUCAGCUCCUUUCUCAUCACCGGCACAAAGCCAUCAAACACACAAUCGACACCAAUCCUACUCCUCGCUGGGAGAUAUCGUGCCCCCCAAUAAUAAUAAUGUUUCACUAAGAUUUCGCUCCAAUUCUAAGUCGACUGCUCCCUCUUCAAAUACAUUUGCGCCUUCAUUCAUCAAUUCGGAAGAGAUGCGACUCGGCGCAGAAACUGUGAUGGCAAUGGAAGGAGAGAAUGAUUUCUCCGGAAAGAGAUAUGUUUGGUUGAAAGAUCCUCAAACUGCAUUCGUCAAAGGAUGGGUAGUAGAGGAGUUGGAAAAUCAUCAUAUACUGGUCCAAUGUGACGAUGGAAGUCAACGAGAGGUCGAUCCUGAAACUGUUGACAAAGUAAACCCCGCGAAAUUCGACAAAGCAAAUGACAUGGCAGAGCUUACGCAUCUCAAUGAAGCAUCAGUCGUCCAUAAUCUUCAUAUGAGAUACCAAGCUGAUCUCAUUUACACCUAUUCAGGCUUGUUCCUGGUUACUAUUAAUCCAUAUUGCUCAUUACCUAUAUACACGAAUGAGUACAUCAAUUUAUACAAGGGACGAGGUCGGGAAGAGAGUAAACCACACAUAUUUGCAACGGCAGAUGAGGCCUUCAGGAACCUAGUUGAAGAAGGAGAAAACCAAACUAUUCUUGUAACUGGAGAGUCUGGAGCCGGAAAAACGGAAAAUACCAAAAAAGUCAUUCAAUACCUGGCGGCAGUUGCAAACUCGGAAUCACCCAUGAAAAACAAGGUACAACAUUCAACCCUCUCGCAGCAGAUUCUUCGGGCAAACCCAAUCCUGGAAGCCUUUGGGAAUGCGCAGACAGUCAGGAAUCAUAAUUCUUCCCGCUUCGGAAAAUUCAUCAGGAUCGAGUUUACGCGCAAUGGCAGUAUAGCCGGUGCUUUCAUAGAUUGGUAUCUCUUUGAGAAAUCAAGAGUGGUAAGGCUGAAUGCUCAUGAGCGGAAUUAUCACGUUUUCUAUCAGCUUUUGAAGGGAGCUGAUCGCACAUUGAAAAACGAAUUCCUCAUCGAAGGAUUAGACGUAGAGGAUUUCGCUUAUACACGGGAUGGUCAUGACACCAUUGUUGGUGUCUCUGACAGAGAUGAGUGGAACACUUUGGUCGAGGCAUUCGAUGUUAUGGGCUUCUCCGAGAACGACCAAAUAUCUAUCUUACGAACAGUUGCUGCUGUUCUCCACCUGGGCAAUAUAACUGUCGUGAAGGAGAGUAGAUCGGCCGAUCAAGCUAGAUUGGCUCCGGAUGCCCGCGCACAGGCUGACAAAGUGUGUAAGCUACUUGGAAUUCCGCUCGAGCCAUUUUUGAAAGGGUUGUUACAUCCUCGAGUAAAAGCUGGACGGGAAUGGGUCGAGAAGGUGCAGACGCCAGAACAAGUUCUACUCGCAAUAGAUUCGUUGGCAAAGGGUAUCUACGAGAGGGGUUUUGGUGAUCUUGUAACCCGAAUCAAUCGCCAAUUGGAUAGGACUGGUAUGGGUCUCGAUGACUCUCACUUUAUCGGAGUACUUGAUAUUGCUGGAUUCGAAAUAUUCGAAGAAAACAGUUUUGAGCAACUGUGCAUCAACUACACGAACGAGAAGCUCCAGCAAUUUUUCAACCACCAUAUGUUUGUCCUUGAACAAGAAGAAUACGCCCGUGAGAAAAUCGAGUGGAAGUUUAUUGAUUUUGGACAUGAUCUCCAGCCUACGAUUGAUUUGAUUGAGUUGCCCAACCCCAUUGGUAUUUUCUCGUGUCUCGAUGAAGAUUGUGUGAUGCCAAAAGCCACGGACAAGUCAUUUACGGAAAAGCUUCAUUCUCUUUGGGAUCGCAAAACUCCCAAGUAUCGUGCCUCUAGGCUUGGGCAAGGAUUUAUGCUCACUCACUAUGCCGCCGAAGUUGAAUAUUCUACCGAAGGAUGGUUGGAGAAGAACAAGGAUCCAAUGAAUGAUAACAUUACAAGAUUGUUGGCUGCAUCCAGCGAUGCACAUGUUGCAAAUCUCUUCAGUGAUUGCUCUGAAGCAGGCGAUGACUCUGGUGCCAUCCGAAGCAGGGUCAAGAAAGGCCUUUUUCGCACCGUCGCUCAAAGACAUAAAGAACAGCUAUCUAGCUUAAUGGCCCAGCUGCAUUCGACGCAUCCUCAUUUUGUGAGGUGUAUCAUACCCAACCACAAGAAAAAACCUAAGCAACUCAGUGCACCACUUGUGCUCGACCAAUUGCGCUGCAACGGUGUCUUGGAGGGUAUCAGAAUUGCACGCACUGGUUUUCCAAACAGACUUCAUUUUUCAGAGUUCCGACAAAGAUAUGAAGUUUUGUGCAGGAACAUUCCCAAAGGGUACCUUGAUGGCCAGACAGCAGCUAGUAUGAUGUUAGAUAAACUUCAAUUGGACAAGUCAUUGUUCCGUGUUGGAAUCACCAAAGUCUUCUUUCGUGCCGGUGUGUUGGCAGAGCUUGAAGAACAACGUGAUGCCUUGAUCCGCGAGAUUAUGACACGGUUCCAAUCCCUGGCACGCGGUUUUACCCAGCGACGUAUUGCCAAUAAGCGACUGUAUAGAGCAGAGGCAACACGGAUCAUACAGCGAAAUUUCCAAGUUUACAUCGACCUUUGUGAGAACCCUUGGUGGCGCCUCUUAGUCAAGAUGAAGCCGUUAUUGGGAGCUUCGAGAACGUCAGGAGAAGUCAAGAAGAGAGAUGAGAUGAUAAAGCAGCUUAACGAGAAAAUGGACCAAGAGGCGUCAGAACGCCAAAGACUAGACGAGGAACGACGAAAUACUCACACUGAGAUGUUAAAGAUCCAACAAACCUUAGAAAGCGAACGAGCGUUAGCCCUAGACAAGGAAGAGAUAUUUAAGCGUCUGCAGCUCCGUGAGACGGAGUUGAGCGAUAAGUUGGCUGGUGCUAUUGAAGAUCAGGAAAAGCUUGAGGAUCAACUGGAUGAUUUGCUAGAGGCCAAAAAGCGAGCGGAACAUCAAUCCGAUGAAUAUCGAUCUCAGUUGGAGCAAGCAGGUCACAUAAUAGCUAAGCUGGAGAGCGAAAAGCGAAACCUUGCUGAACAGCUGGCUGAUUUAGACAAUCAAUUGAAGGAUCUCGCCAAGAAGCAAGCGGAUCGAAGCGCACAAGAAGCGCAGCUUUCUCAGGACGUCCAGCUACUGCAAAGUCAACUGAGCAUUAAGGAGAGAAAGGUUCAGGACCUUGAGGCGAAGCUGAUCAGAAACGAUCAAGAUUCGGAAGUCAAGUUGGCUGCAGCGGCGAAAGACCUUCAAGCUUCUAAAUUAAGGGAAAGCAACUUAGCCAGCGAAAACCGCAAAGUACAGAAGCAACUUUCUGAUUUAUCUGCUACAUCGACAGGGUAUGAAGAUCUCGUCAGGCGCAAGGAAAGCGAGUUGGCUAUCCUUCGGUCUGAUAACCGUAAAUAUGAGGCCGAGAAGAAAAGUUUUGACGAGCAGAAGCGAUCACUUUCGGCGGAAAAAGAAAAUAUUGCCAACAGGUUAAAGGAAGUACAGGCCGAGAUGUUCGCAAUGAAAUCCCAGCAAGCCAAUUUACAAAAGGAAGCUGCCGACGCGAAAAAACUUCUUGAUGCUAGACUGACAGAAGAUGCUCACGCUGAACAAAAUCGAAAGAGGCUAGAAGAACAGAUCUCGACCUUGAAACAGCAAUUAUCAGAAGUGCAAAAAGACCUUAGCAAAGAACGGCAAUCUCGAGACGAUGUCCAACUCCUCGCAGAGCAUAAAUUCCGAGAGCUUAGUGAGAAGUUUCAAGAACUAAAUGAGGCUAAAAUCAUUAUCGAAAAGGAAUUAUACGUCCAACAAGACACUCUUAGAAGAGCAAUGGAGAACAGAGUUUCUGCUGAAAAGGAACGCAACGAAGCGCGAAACGAAAUCAGAAAGCUAAGAGAGGCGAAGAUUGCAGCCGAAGAGGCCAGGAUACAAGCUGAAGUAGUUGGAGACCGCAACGCAUCACGCCUAGCCCGCGAGCGCGAAGCUAGUUUGAAGAAAGAUCUUGAAGCGGAACAGAAUCGAGCAAAGUAUUUUGAGACUGAGUGCAGCCGCCUGAAUCAGCAAGUGGAAGAUCUUAAUAAGGUCAUGAUAGAGUCUGGAGAUUUUGGUCUCAAGGUCGAUCAAGAAAAGGAGCGACUUGAACGCGAACUGAACACAGUCCGAAGUCGAUUAAAUGCGUCUGAAAAUGACAAUCGUGCUUUACUCAAUAAGCUUCAACAAAAAGGUCUCGAGAUUGCCCGCACGAGCUCUAGGGCAAGUGAAUCAUCGAGAGGUCAGCUAAUAGCAGCCCAGCGAGAGAAAGCAAAGGUCGACGAGCAGAACAAGAAGCUCAAUAAACAGCUUGGCGAUGUACAAAUUCAACUGGCAUCCCUUCAAAAGCAAAAAGAAAAGCUGGAGCUUAAUCUUGAAGAUCUAACGCGUGAGGUUGAACGUGAGCAUUUGAGUAGUAGAAACGCAGAGAAGACCUCUUCUACUAUGACAACCCAGUUAGCAGAGGCAAACCGCAAAUUGGAGGAUGAACGACAGUUGCACUCUCAGGCUCAAUCUAAAAAUCGACAACUCCAAUCUUUGAUUGAUACCCGAGAUAAAGAUAUCAUUGAGCUGAUGAAAAUUGUGGACCCAGAGAUGCCUGCACCGCCGGUUGUACAACUCGAUGGUAGUUUCGAUAAGAGCACAUCUGAAAACCCAAACCUUAUUUCUCAACUCACUCAAAAAGUCGAGGAACUUCGGCAAAAUCUCAGAGUUCAAGCUGCUGGUCGGUCGAAUGCUGAAGCACAAGUACUUGAACUGCGAAAACGAUAUGAAGAUGAGUUUGGUGACCAUUCCGAGUGGCACACGCCCGGUAGGUCAAAACUUGAGGAGAUUGAUGGCAAUGAGGGAACUCGAAAUUCAUCCCCGACACAUCUCAGAAACAAACUCAAUGGCAGACCUCUGUCAGGCGCGACCCCACCUAAUCCCCGCUUUCCAAGCUCGGGUGACGUUGGGCAAGAUUCUGGACGCUCUGAUCGUACUGCCGAUAUGUUAAGUUUCAACAAUCGCAUGGAUUUGAAAGCUGACGUGGAAGAAUUACAAAAUCAAUUGCAGCUAUCACAAAUGGAGAAUCGUCAUCUACAGAGCCAGCUUGAGCGUUUUGUUCCAGGACGAGAUAUCUUUGAGGAUAGUCCGUCAGUACGCCGUGUGCACAAACUUGAGCAAGCCAACACUCGACUUCAUGAAAUGCUUGAUGAUUCUGCAAAGAAAGUUUCCGCUCUUGAACAGAGUAUUCAAACGGGAGAACUGUCAUUCCGCGAUAUUCAAGCCAAAUCUCACGAGGAGCUCUUUGAGCUCAUCAACAAUCAAGAAGAAAACAGACGAAUUUUAAUGUACGCUCACAAAGAUGCAUUAGUAGACCUCAAUGAUACGAAGAAAAAUUUUGAGAUGUUGAAACACACCCGAGCAGUCUUGGAGGUUGAUCUCCGAGAUGCUAAGUCUGAUCUUGAGGACAUGACUUUGCAAAGGGAUCAGGAUGCCGCCAGUCGAAAUCAACUUUUGCAAGAAUUUGCCGAUCUUCAGAUCCGUUUGGAUGCUGAAUCCUCAAAAUUGGCUGAUGUUAGUUCUAGUCUCGGUCUCUACAAGAGUAGAGCAGACGAGUACUUUAGCAAACUUGAACAGGCUGAAAUUGCCGUGUUGAAGGCUUCUAGGGCCGAACAAUUUGCCAGAUCUCAAGCAAAAGAAGCAGAGGAUACAUGUGCCGAAAUCAUGUCAGAACGGAAGCAAAUGGAUGAAGCCAUUGAAGAUCUUCAAAAACAGAACCAACAUUAUGAAGAGAAGCUCGAGGAUCUUUCCUCUGAUCUCGAUGCUGCAGUACAAGCAAGGAAACGAUUACAACAUGAGCUUGAAGAUUACCGAAGCCAACGUGCCAUGGAGAUUGAAGACAAAGAAUCUAGUAUGGAACAAACCAGAAAGAAAUACCAAGCUGAGUUUGCCACUCUCACGAAUGAAUUGGACAUUGCUCGUGAGGAGAAGCUAUUCAAACAAACAGAGAACACAAGACUUCGGGAAGAAUUGGAUCAGCUUCGAACGAAGUGGGACGAUGAAGUUAUGAACAGUUCAACAUGGUCUAAAGAAAAGGCUCGCCUGGAGGCCACUCUUUCAGAUCUCAAUACAUCACGCGACGAAGCCGUCAACGCUCACAAUGAAGCUCAAGGCAAAAUUGUAUCACUAUUAGCACAAGUGCGGAGUCUCAGAACAGACGUGGACGAUGCAGCUGCCGAAAGAGACAUUCUUCAACGCGAGAAGCGCGGCUUACAAGCUCGUCUAGAGGAAGCUAAAGCUGGUCUCGACGAUCUUGCACGAAGCGAUAGCCCUGCGCUACGAAAUGCUGCUGGAAUGGAUCGCGAGAUCUUGGAACUUAAAUCUAACUUAGCACAACAAGAAGAUAUUGCAGCUGCAGCCAUCGGCAAGAUGAGACGAUCUGAAGCACUUGCAUCUGAAAUACAGAAAGACAUUGUUGCCGAGAGAGAAAUGACAGCACAGUUGAAUAAGGAGAAGGCUGCGCUAGAAAAGUCACUCAAAGAAACUCAGGUCCGACUACUGGAUUUGGAAACUAAAGGCUAUUCAAGUGCCAGCCAAGACGUGAGGUUCCUUCACGGUCGUGUCCAAGAGCUCGAAGCCCAACUUGACGAGCAAGAAUCCGAACGCAACAAGUCGCAACGUUCCGUAAGAAAUGUCGAUCGCACAGUCAAAGAUCUUCAACAGCAAAUUGAACGCAAAGAAAAGGCCAACACGCAACUUCAAGAAGAUAUCGCCCGCUCGAGAGAUAAGGUCGAAAAACUUCUCAAGACAAUCGACGAGCUUCAAUCAAGUGAUUCGACCAAUCAACUUUCAGCUCGUAGAGCAGAACGUGAACUAAGAGAAGAAAGAGAAAAGGCUUUGAGGUUAGAGCGCGAAUUGGAAGGCUGGAAGGCAUUGAGAAUGCAGAAAGGUCCGGGUGGGAGAAUAAGUGCGAGUGGUACUUGGAGACCGAGUAGUGAAUUUGGCUCCGAAGAUGCAGGGAUUGACAUCCCUAAACGAAAGAGUAGUUUGAGUAGGCAGGAUAGCAUGAGCAAGGGGUUCUUGUAA